AUGGCCUUCAGAUUGGCUCAGAAACUCAGCAUAGAGAGCUUCAUGGAAUGGAUUUCCAUGGCCGAGCUGCUGCGGUGGUUGCCAGGAGAACGGUACUUGUCUGACCUCACUGUGCCAAGUGAUGAUCCCGAUCUCCCCUUUAGCAGUGAGGCUGUUGAAAAUUUUUACCUGAAAAACUCCAAGGCUGUUUUAAACACAUCAUCUUUCAGUUACAGGGGCCAGAUUGAUUUCUCUGCGAUGCUACUGACAGACCUCACCACAGGGAGGCAAAAAAGAAUCAGGAGAAGCUACAACACAGAAAAAAGGUGUUCCUGUUUCAGCCUCGCUCCUGUUUUCUGGGAAUCGUUUGAUCCGGAAUCGCCAUACCAGUUAAUCCCUCUGAGUGAGCACUCCCCCGAGUAUUGGACAGUGAAACAUUAUGUAAAGACCGAUGGGCUGUUGGACAGAACCAUUCUGUCAAUCAACAGGAUACAGAAUUUGGAUCUUUGGGAAUUAUAUUGCAGGAAAAAGAAACAGCUGAUGAGGAUUCAAGGCAUCAAAGAAAUUCAAGAGAGACGACUCUUUCAUGGGACUGAUAUUAAAAAUGUGGAUUAUAUUUGCAAGUAUAACUUUGAUGUACGGUUAGCUGGACAGCAUGGCAACAGAUAUGGCAAAGGAAUUUAUUUUGCCAAACAUGCAGCAUUAGCCGACAAAUACAGUAAGAGCAGCUUGGAACCACUGCCAGUUUAUGGCGGGAAAAGACAACUUGUACACUCUAAAAUUAUAUUUUUGGCUCGGGUGAUGACUGGAAAUCCAAUUGCUGGAGAACCUGAUUUUCAAAAACCCGAUCAUGAGAAUCCCGAAAACUUGCAUGACAGCUGUGUUGAUGUUGUCAAUCAUCCUAGAAUUUUUGUCAUUUUUGAUCCAAAUCAAAUAUAUCCAGAGUAUUUGAUUCAGUACAGCUGAGCGCAACAUGUGCAAGAUCAACAUGGCUACCUCAAACAGUACAUUUCAAGCACAACUCCUGAUGGCUUCGAUGAAGUUUUUACAGCAUUUUUACUACAUUUUAAACAUUUUUAGAAAAAUUUCCAGUAAACUAGGUCGUUUUCAGCAAGAUAAUCUGUCAGCAAAGUUAUCGUUACAUUUCCUUACUUUGGAUCAGAGGUACUAAUAAAAAUGAGUUUACUUACCAGGUGCUACUGCUUAGUAUUAGAAUAGUUGAAUAUAAUACUUGUGGUCAUGUAAUGUAAAUUCCCAUCUAAUUUAUUUCUAUUUAAUUUAGUAAUAAUAUAGCUUCAUAAAUAAAUAAAUACGUCAGCAGAACCAAAUCAAAGUCUGCAUGUGUGUUUAUUCCUGUUCUAAUGUUUAUGUUUGUAUUUGUGCUGGACAUAACAUUCACACGCAUUUUAAAAUAACAUGUGCGAAAUCAAAUUCUAAGCUCAUGUAGCUUAUUGUUGUUCAUCUGUUUUACAUACAGUGGGGCAAAAAAGUAUUU